AAGAAUUUGAAGGCGAACAACUGACCAUAAACAAAGUGAGUCGUCUUCACAUGGGUGCUUACCUUUGUAUAGCUACCAAUGGUGUUCAACCUUCAGUUAGCCACCGAAUCAUCUUAAAUGUUCACUUUCCGCCAAUGAUAUGGGUACCAAAUCAGCUAAUCGCUGCAUCAAUGGGCAGUGAUGCAGUAUUGAUUUGCAAUACAGAAUCUUCACCAAAAUCAAUCAACUAUUGGACAAAAGAUGAUGAAGAUGCCUUAAUAUCUAACGAUAAAUAUGAGAUACACACCGUUGAGAGGCUUUAUCGAGCCCAAAUGAUACUUAAAAUAAAAGACAUUUCACCAAAUGAUUUUGGAACCUUCAAGUGUUAUGCUCGAAACUCACUUGGUUCAACUGAAGGUUCAAUCAAAUUAUAUGGCAUUCACUCUCCUGGAGGUAAAGGUGCUCGUCGUGAUCCAACCAAUGCUAGAAGUCGAAGUUCUAACGAUGGUUCCGAUGUUAAUAAUGAUAUAACUUCAGGUAACCAAAAGCAAAGUAAAACAAUGUCCAUAGUUGUUAACCUUGUAAAUAUCAUUUUCAAUUUAAUCUUUGUAACUAUAAAUUAUUAAGCAAACGAUAUUAUAAUAAAGUGUAAAAAUUUCUUUCAUGUAACACAAAGUUGUAUAUUGUUUCCAUGUAAAUUAAUCGACAAUUGAGUGGCGAAGA